AUUUACCCUUGCUGAGCUCACACUCUCACUCUCACUCUCACCAUCACUGCUCGCUCAUAAUGCGCAGACAUUCCUACUGCUAAACAUCGCACCACAUAUUGCAUACCCAUCAUGGCGCCAGUAGACACGGCCGCCGCCGCCCUUACCAACGCGCUUCCUAUCGCCCUCUUUGCUGGCCACGCGCUUCUUGUUACUGGCCUUAGCGCAAACGUGCUGCGUACUGCGCGUCGAGCCGCCAAGUCUCUUCCUCCGUCCACGCGUACGCGCUCGCAAAGCCCUUUGCGCCGACGCAAUGCUACCAUCUUCUCCGCUCUCGCAUUCGUCUCGUUGGCGUCAGUGACGACGUUUGCAGUGAUAUGGCGCGCUAUUUCCUAUAUACAGUGGGCUGAGCAGGGCAAUCACGAGACGCCAGGCAGCUUGUGGACCGGCUGGUACGGUACUGGUGAAGAGGGACUUGGACGCUGGCAUUUAGGUGAUUGGAUCAAAGACAUUGAUUUGACGCACGAGUUGGAUACUGUCGCCGUACUGAGGCCCGAGGGCUUCUUGUACACGAGCCAGCACUUUGUUGGACUUAUAGCGAGCGCCAUCUUCAUGGGCAUUGAAGGACACCGCCGUAGCCUAUCCUCUUCCACCAUUGCUUCUUUUGUUAUUUUGAGCGCCACGGGAAGUCUGGGAUACGCACUGAGUCUGUUUUUCGUCACCAUUCUCUACACGCCUUUGACGGUACACAAAAGCGACGCACCACUGCGUGACGCACUAUUUACGCCGAGGCCUGCAGUAUACGAUAUCUUGAUUGUCACCUCGCUUUUGUCUCUCAACGCGUUUCCUGGUUUCCUGAAGCAAGGUGGCGACGUACGCUUCCUACGCCUCGGAUAUCUUGCCAUUCCGUUGCUGUUCGCGUAUGCCCCAAAGAUCGUGCCCCUGCGCCUUGGGAUUCAACACAACACCAAGGCAUCCGCUCAUCGUUCGUACACAAAGGUCUAUCACGCACUCUCAAUAGCCUCCUUUCUGCUCUACUGGCGUCUGGUAACUACCAACAUCUUCGCGAAUACUCCACCCGAGCCUUCAUAUAUCUGGGACGUCUUCACGAACGCUAUUGGAAAGAACGACGCCUCCAGGACAAAUAGGGUUCUGUCUGGCCUCAGUAUCACCGGCCAGAAGUUGAAGCACAUCAGCGCACACCCAGCCGUCAGCGUAACCAGUCUCGAUGUGCUCUUCACCACGAUCAGCCUACUCGCUUGGACGUUUACCCGUAACCUCGACGUCGAUGAUGUCCUGGAAAGCAGUGUUCUGUCCUUCUUAGUCCCCAAACAUGAGAAACAUGUGUCUUUUGAGAACGACACAACCCCAAGCCAGAACCACGAAUCCGAAUCCGAGGCACCUGUAAAGACUACGCCGAGGAAAGGUGGACGGUCCAAUAAGAGCUCUACUACCGCGUCUUCCCCUCUACCGUCAGCUCUGACCAGCCGUCUCAGGCGGGGUACGCGUGGACAGGGACGCAACGCUGACUACGGAUCGGAUAAUGACUCAACCUACCAGCCCUCCCCUGCGACGAAGCGUGAUGUGGCGGAAAUGGAGACGGACGGAGCGUCAACUACCGGUGAUCUCGUUCAUGCGGGCGAGUCGACUGCGCUGACUCUUUUCCUUGCAUUUCUGGGCGGAUUGGGUCAGUUGGCUGCUGGGGCUCUUGGAGCAGAGGUUGCAGGUCCGAGGGAGUAGGCUGAUACCUCGUUGAUGUCUUGUGAGGCAGAACAUAGUGUGCAGUAUCUUCUUAUCGCGACUGGGGGCGUUUCUUCCUUCUAUCCGCCUGGCUGUUAAUUUCAAUAUCCCCUUGUUCAAGGUGCCAGGGGCGUACAUGGCGAAUAACUUUUCGUAGUGCUUGGCUGUACCAUAUUCAGAGUGACAUCUAAGCCUGAUAUUGACAUUUUUUACGAUUUCAGCAUAUCUGAUGAUGUGUGCCUGACGCCGUGCGAGGGUGUUGUGAUCAGGAAUGCGGAAUGAGAACGACUAUUCAACACGUGGACUCUGACCUGACGCUCCCAAGGCGAUCUUUGGAAUAUAG